AUGGCCGGCGCCCACUAUAUCCUACCGAACAGUGACACAGUUGUGUUGGGCGGCACUAAACAGGCGCACAAUUGGAGCCGAGAAGUGGACCUCAAAGAUAGUGAACAUAUAAUGGAAGGAUGCGCUCAAUUGGUUCCCAGCGUUAAAACGGCACAAGUAGUGAAAGAAUGGGUCGGUUUAAGACCCGGAAGAGAAUCAGUUAGACUGGAGACAGAGGUAAUCAAUAAUUUGGGCAAUAAAUUACAUGUGGUUCACAACUACGGUCACGGAGGGUCAGGCGUUACCCUAUCAUAUGGCUGUGCUCUAGAGGUCAGUCUCACACCAGUAGAACAGGCGCACCCACGCGACGGCCAUUUGAUGGAUGCGCCCAUUGAAGAGGUCAAUCCGUACCCAAUACUGGCUCCCAUUAGAACAAGUGGAUUGCCAACCGGUGAACUCCCGGCCACACCCGCUGCCAGACCUAUGCGCUCAACAGAUGAAGGCGAAUGGCAACAGUGGGCUCAGACUCAACGGGCAGAUGAGUGGCACUUUCCUACAGUAGCACAUAGCGGUGAAUGGGGUGCACCGCACACACCACAGGCCACUCAUAUGGACGACAUGUAUAUCGGAGAUCUCUCGCGAUUUCCUCAAACUCCUUAUCCCUCGAGUGGGCUCUCAAUGUCUUUGUUCGGUGAAAGCAGUGACAGCGCUUCCAGCGAUGGGUUGUCCCCCGUCGCCACCCCAACCCCACCCGCAACCCCUACCCCGAGUAGCGGACAUUCAUCGCGCGAGAGCUAUGUUAUGGGGGCUCAACAAUCACAGCAGUCACCGGUUAUGGAUCAAACUAUUGGCCAAUCAAGCGGUUUGGCCACCGGUGGCGCGCAAUUCAUUACCUCUGCGAUACCAUUAGUCAAACCAAGGGAUAGACUCGUAUACCGGUACGGGAUGUUGGCUCCGGGACUGAUGCCAGAGGGCACGAUCCAGAGUACGACGGCUCAAGUCCUUGUCGAUAGUGGAGUUGACUCCGAAGAGUUGACUACACUAAUGGAUUCAGACGAACAAAACGAAGCGCUGGAUAGGAAAACAGCAAAGGAUUUACAAACCAUUUCGGGUAAAGGCUUUGAUAUAGACUUUACAGAAGGGGGCAAAUUAGGUGAUGGCAUACAAGGAGUUGCCUACCAAGGGGUUUACAAUCAAAAUAUUCUCCAAUUGAGUACUAGAGAGGGCACUCGUAUGGAAGGUGUUGCGGUCGGGCAGCCAUUUGCGGCCAAAUACGUCAAAUUUAGGCUAAGCACACAUGACUUGCUUCGUCUUAAUCACGAGAUUGAGAAACAAGUGCUGAAAGCACUCAAACAUCCAAACUGUGUGACGCUUAAAAUGGCCAUCAAUUUGGGUAAAAAGAGAUACAUUAUCAACCAUUUGGCGCCUAAAAUGAGACCAAUUGUCACGUAUGACCGCAUGUUCCUGGUCAUGGAUUUGGCGGAGUCUAGUCUUUAUGACUUUCAUGUGGCCGGCAAAAUCAAUGCGCAAUUGGCUGUCAAGUUUGCACAGGAAUUGUUGGCCGGCAUGAAUUAUAUGCACAACGAGGGUAUACUCCAUUUGGAUGCUCACGGCGGGAAUGCACUGGUGUUUAGAAACGGCAACGAUUUUGUGGCCAAAUGGACGGACUUCGAUACGGCUGUGUCGCGGCCUCUGUACCAGCGGUGGGGCGUCAGGAUUGACGACAACGAGUUUGAACACUAUCGCAGGGAUGAUCUCGAGAGUAUGGCUAAGGGUUUGGACUUAUUGGCCACGUAUGCACCCGUGUUGAGUCAAUUGGCUGAACUCAUCCGAAAUGGGGUAACUUUGCAACGCAUUCUCGACAGUUUGGGCAAUUAA